GAAGGGAGACUUUGCCCCAGUUCCCUUAUGCCCCCUGCAGCCCUGCCAGUGGGGAACGUGGAGGAAAAGGAGAGGGAGCUUGAACAAGACUUCCAGCUGUUGGGCCCUAGUUGGCUGUGACUGAGGAAUUUGCACCUCUUGGGGAUGCAGCCAUGGACUUCACCUUGGACUGGGAGCACCUAGGGCUGGACCAGGGGAACCUGUUCUGGGACACAGCGCUGGACAACUACCAGAACCUUUUCCUUCUAAACCCUUCCAAACCCAAACUGACCUCCCAGCCAGAUGGCGCCGAAGAGCAGAAGGUGCUGGAGAGAGAAGGCCCAGAAUCAGCGGGCCCCAACCCGGCUGAGAUCAAGAACUGUUUUCUGGGCCAAGACUUCUUGGAAGAAGGACUCUCCAAGGAGAUCAUGGAGACGUUUUCCGAGGAUGGCCUCUGGAACUCCAGUUGGGGGAAAGCCUGUGUAGGCGAGAGUUGGUUAGAUAGUUUCCUAGGAGAUCCAGAAAGUUUUCUGAGGUCUGACUUUGUUACCAACAAGGAAAGUCCCAUAGAAGGCAGGAGUCACGAUCUCAAGGGAGAUCUCGGUCCUGAGUCCCUCCUUUCCACAGGAGAGGAUUCUGUGAUACACGAUCUUCCUGAAAAGAGCCCGGCACCAGCUACAUCUCUGGAACACGGGAAUGACUUUGGCUGUGGCUUAGACCAGAGCCGACAGGAGACUGUCCAGGAAGAGGAGAAACUGUAUAAAUGUAGUGAAUGUGGGAAGAGCUUUGACCAGAGUUACCACCUUAUCCAGCACUGGAUUAUUCAUACUAGAGAGAAACCCACUGUGCAUCAAGAGUAUGAGGAAGGUUUCAGCCAGAGUUCUUGCCUCUUUGUGCCUCUGAUGACUCAUACAGGCUACAAAUCCCACGUGUCUACCAAGUAUGGGAAGACUUCCAGUCAGAAUAUACACCACCUGUGGCAUCAGAAAAGUCACUCUGGAGAAAAGCCACCUAAGAAUGAAGAUAGUGACCAACCGUCGGAUCUCAGCUUACAGCUUGCUGAGCAUCAGAAAACCCACACAGGGAGUCAGUCCUACAGAUGCAGUGAGUGUGGCAAGAGUUUCAGCCAAACCUUUCACCUUACGCAGCAUCAGAAGACCCACACCCAGAAACGCUAUGAAUGUGCCAAAUGCAAGGCGUCCUUCAACUUCCGUAAAUACCUCCUCCGACACCAGAAAAUCCAUGCUGCAAACACUCCCGCUGAGUGUCAGGAGGGCGGGAAGGUCUUCAGGCGGAGCUUGCUGCUCGCCAAACACCAGUCUGUUCACACUGGAGAAAAGCCUUACAAGUGUGAUCAGUGUGGGAAACCCUUCAGGAAUAUCUCAACCCUAAAGAUCCACCAGAGGGUUCACAGUGGAGAGAAGCCUUACAAAUGCAGUGAGUGUGGGAAAGCCUUCUACCGGAACACUCACCUUAAUGAACAUCAGAGGAUUCACACUGGUUACCGGCCCUACAAAUGUCACAAAUGCAUCAAGAGUUUCAGCCGGCCCUCCCACCUGAUUCGACAUCAGUCCAUCCAUGCCACAGAAAAGCCCUACAACUGUGCUAAAUGCAAGGAAGCUUUCAGCCACAAUGAACACCUUGUCCAACACCAGAAAAUGCACAGUGUGGAGACCCCUUAUGAAUGUCAGGAGUGUGGUGAGCACUUCAUCUGCAGCUCCACCCUAACUUGCCACCAGACUGUUCACACCAGAGAAAAACAAGGACUUGGGGAGAGCGGGAGGAUCUUGAAUCAGGACUCAGAGCAGAGGGAGCAACCAAGGAUAGGCGAGAAGCACUUUAAAUGUAACAAAUGCGAGAAAACCUUUAGCCGCAGCAAAUACCUGACUCAACACGAGAGGGUUCACACCAGGGUGAAGCCCUUUGAGUGUAACCAGUGUGGAAAAGCCUUUGGCCAAAGUACACAGCUCAUUAGCCACCAGAGCAUCCACUCUGGGGCAAGGCGGUAUGAACGUGGGAACUGUGGGAAGACCUUCAUCCACAGCACUUCCCUCACCAAACAUCAGUCUGUCCACAAGAGUGAGCACCCCUUUAAAUGUAAUGAAUGUGGAAAGACCUUCAGUGAGAGCGCACAUCUUUCAGAACAUUGGUUAAUCCACACUGCAGAGAAACUCUUCCAGUUUAACAAGUGCGACAAAGCCUUUGCCCACGGUAACUACCUUACUGAGGAUCAGAGAGGUCAUGCUAGAAAGAAGUCCUUUGAGUGUAACGAAUGUGGAAAAUCAUUCCAUCAGAGCUCGUGCCUUUCUAAGCAUCAGAGAGAUCACACAGGUGAGAAACCCCACAAAUGCCCAGAUUGUGGGAAAACCUUCAGCCUGGGUGCUCAACUCACUCAACACCAGAGAGUUCACACCGGAGAAAAGCCUUAUGUUUGUCAGGAAUGCGGGAAAGCCUUCAGCCAGAGCUCAUGCCUUUCUGUUCACCAGCGAGUUCACACCGGAGAAAAGCCUUAUGUUUGUCAGGAAUGCGGGAAAGCCUUCAGGCAGCGCUCGUGCCUUUCUGUUCACCAGAGAAUUCACACUGGAGAAAAGCCUUAUGUUUGUCAGGAAUGUGGGAAAGCCUUCAGCCAGAGCUCAUGCCUUUCUGUUCACCAGAGAAUUCACACUGGGGAGAAGCCUUACGUGUGUGCUGAAUGUGGGAAAGCCUUUGCCCAGAAAGCAAAUCUGAUGCAGCAUGAGAGAAUUCACACUGGGGAGAAGCCUUAUGCCUGUAGGGUAUGUGGGAAAGCCUUUGGCCUCAGUGCGCAUCUCAGUCAGCACCAGAGAGUUCACACACAAGAGAAACUAGCAGUGUCAACCUCGUCAGCUCUUUGCUGCAGGUCUCAGCAGACAUCAGCAAGUUCACACUUACAGGUAACAAGGAGUUUAGAAAGUAACAAGUAGCAAUACUUCUUACUACUGGGUGGCAGCAAAGCCCCAGACAUCUGAACACAGUUCAUCUGAGUCCUAAAGUUGAAAUCACAUUGUAAGCUCCCUGCCCCCAAAUAAAUACAUCUCUUUAUCCAUAAAGAGUGAUUAGAAAAUUUGUACACAAGUUUCAUGAAAACACAGUAGUUGAGAACAUGGGAAUUCAGAGGUAGAGCCAGUUGGCUGAUUGAAAUCUCAGCUCUGACACCUGCUACCUGAGUGAUCCUGGGAGAGUCAUGGGACCUCCGAGGGCCUCAGCAUCCUCAUCUGUAAAAUGGGCACAAGACCUACCUCAGAGGGCUG